GUUCGCCCGCACCCAGGUCUGACCGGGUCUCGCUUUUCUCGGAUGCCUCGCACCCGAGCCCUGUGCCCGUUUGCCUCGCAGAGCUCGCAGUCUCCUCCCCCCUCUCUCUCACCAACAACCACGGCCUCACCGUACCAUGCCCACCCCCUCCUCCGUCUCCGAUCUCUUUAGAUCUCCACCGCCCUUCUUCUCCCUCCCGCUCUAAAACCCCAUUUUUUUCCAGCCAAAGGGUCCAAAUUAUUGUUUAAUAUCGUUGAAUAAGAUGAUGGGUCCGGAGACCCACCCCGGGUUUGGAUCACCGCCCCGGGAGGAGAUGGAGAGCCUCGCCCUCUCCGACUACGGCAGCGCCAUGUCCUCCCGUCUCUCCGCGGUCGCCACCGCAGUUGACGGCGGCGAUCCCCCCCUCUCCGCCGCCGCCUCCUCCUCCUCCUCCUUUCUCGAUCCCCCCUCCUACUCUAACGUUGUUUUCAGGUCCCUCGACGGCCAGAACGACGCCACCCCCGACCGUCCCUCCCUCUGCCGCGACUUCCCUUCCCACAGAUCCGACCGCGCCGCUGCCUCCGAGUACGCCAGUAUCGCCGUCUCCGAUCCCCAGAAGGAGCAGGAUGCCGUCAACUCCCUCGUCCCGGGCGGCGGUGCCUACGUCACUUACCUCAUCACGUCCCGGACCCGCGCCGGCGGGGCGGAGUUCCGCGUCCGGCGGCGGUUCCGCGACGUGGUGACCCUCGCUGACCGCCUCGCCGAGGCCUACCGGGGGUUCUUCAUCCCGCCGCGGCCCGACAAGAACGUGGUGGAGAGCCAGGUGAUGCAGAAGCAUGAUUUUGUCGAGCAGCGGCGAUCUGCCCUCGAGAAGUACCUGUGGAGGCUGGCGGUGCACCCGGUGAUCGGGAACAGCGACGAGCUUCGGGUGUUCCUGCAGGUUCAGGGGAAGCUGCCGCUGCCCACGAGCACCGAUAUGGCCUCGAGGAUGCUGGACGGGGCCGUGAGGCUGCCGAAGCAGCUGUUCAGGGAGGGACAGGCAGGAUAUGUCACGCCGCAGGAUGCGGUUCAGCCGGCAAAGGGGGGAAGGGACCUGCUGAGGAUAUUCAAGGAGCUCAAACAGUCAGUAGCGAAUGAUUGGGGAGGCGCAAAGCCUCCGGUGGUGGAGGAGGACAAGGAAUUCUUGGAAAGGAAAGACAGGAUGCAGGAUCUAGAGCAGCAGCUCAGCACAGCCUCCAAGCAGGCUGAGGCACUUGUUAAAGCUCAACAGGAUAUUGGUGAAACAAUGGGAGAAUUGGGAUUGGCAUUCAUCAAACUGACUAAGUUUGAGAAUGAGGAAGCUGUAUAUAAUUCUCAGAGAGUACAAGCUGCUGAUGCCAAAUGUGUAGCGACUGCUGCUGUAAAAGCAAGCAGAUUAUAUCGAGAAUUAAAUGCUCAAACAGUCAAACAUCUGGACACUCUGCAUGAAUAUCUAGGGCUGAUGUUAGCUGUUCACAGUGCAUUCUCAGACCGGGCCAGUGCACUGCUGACUGUACAAACACUGAUGUCAGAUUUGUCUUCCUUGAACACAAGGAUUGAGAAACUUGAAGUUGCAUCCUCAAAGAUAUUUGGUGGUGACAGAUCGAGAAUGCGAAAAGUGGAAGAGCUGAAAGAAACUAUCAGAGUUACUGAAGAUGCUAAAUAUUGUGCAUCAAGAGAGUAUGAAAGAAUCAAGGAAAAUAACCGGAGUGAACUUGAGAGAUUAGACAGAGAAAGGCAUGAUGAUUUUCUGAGCAUGCUGAAGGGUUUUGUAAUAAAUCAGGUUGGUUAUGCAGAGAAAGGUGCGAAUGUUUGGGCAGCGGUGGCGGAAGAAACAAGGGGGUACGCUCGAGAGAAUAACAAGACUUAAAAUGUGACUUAAAAUGUAAAUCGAAGUGUUUUUCUAGCCGAACCAACUACUCUUAAACAGAUUUUGGUGAAGUUUUUUAUUUUAUUUUAUUUUACUUCAUUCCGUUACUUUGGGUAUAUGGUUCUUUAGCCCUCUUUUUUUCUUUAGGGGGAGGGUGCUGUUACAAGAAAUGAUUGUGAAUGCAUAUUUUAACAGUUGGAAGGAGUUAUUGUUGACCUACAAAA